UUCAUUUCUAUCAUAGUAAUUGGCAGUAUAUUUGCAAUAUUAACAACAGGUGGUAAUUUGAUGGUUAUGGUAAGCUUUAAAAUCGACAAGCAAUUACAAACAGUCAGCAAUUAUUUUUUAUUUAGCCUUGCUGUUGCUGAUAUUGCAAUUGGGCUUGUGUCAAUCCCAGUGAUGACCUAUUACAUGGCCGCAAAUUCAAAAUGGGGCCUAGGCUAUUCAAUGUGCCAAUUUUGGUUAUGCCUAGAUUACAUGAUGUGUAAUGCAUCUGUGCUUAAUCUCUUGCUUAUAUCCUUAGAUCGAUAUUUUUCAUUUAUUGAAACUAAUCAAUUUGCAUCAGUGGGUACUACAAUUGCAGCAUUUUGGUUGCCCCUUGUUAUCAUGAUUAUUUUGUAUUCAAGAGUGUACUGUGUUACCAAAAAACAACGCAAAAAUAUUAAUCUUUUGACGCAACAACGUAAAAAUGAAAAAGAAAGGCGUAAAAACGAGCGGAAGCAAGAAAGUAAAGCAGCAAAAACGCUAAUUUUUUAUUUAUCUUUCAAUACUUACAUGAUUGUUUGCUGGGAAGCAUUUUAUAAAAAUUCAAUUCCUGAAGAAUUCUUCUACAUUGCUUAUUUCCUCUGCUACAUUAAUUCCACAAUAAAUCCAUUUUGUUAUGCAUUUUGUAAUCCACGGUUUCGACUUACGUAUAUGCGAAUCUUAACGGGUCAAUGGAAACGACAACAAUCUAGUCUAGCUAAUAGAGCUUUUUUCAGUCGAAGCUAA